AUGUCGAACAAGGGCUACUCGUACAAGAGCCACGGCACCAACUCGUCGGGUAAUCAUUACUGCGCACGUGACUACGGCAACAACUCCAAUUCUUACCAUUACUCGAACGCGGACGGCUCGUACUACUACUCCAACCCCAACGGCAGCACGUACCACAACAACGGCGCCGGUGGUUCGACGUAUACGUCCCCCAGCGGCUACAGGCACUCGUCGGGCUAUGGAUCGGGCUCGUCGGGCUCGAGCUCUAGCUCUGGCUCGUCGUCUUCAGGCUCGGCAUCGAGCAAGUAG